CGAUCGAACCGGAAACUUGGCAAUCGUGAUCCGAGUAUUUGAUCUUAGUGUAAAAUGUGAAAAUUAUAUUUCUUUCCGUUUAAUUUAACAACUAUGUGACUUGUAUUACAGGAUAUCGGUAAAUUUAGUAUCGGCUAAACUAACUGAAUGUUUACUGUAUGGCUUUUAAAGUUCAGCGAGGUGAGUGCUUUCUUUCGAUAUUCUGUGUUUUGAUUUUAUGGCGUGACCAGCUUCGAACCGACUUGGCAAUACCGUGGGAAUGCAGAAUCAAUAUGUCAAGCUAUAUUCAUGUCGUCUAGAAAACGUUCAUGUUUCAUUUUUACUGUUAUUUUUGAUAUCCUCUGACGAGGGAAUAUUUGAUGGGAUCAUUGUUUCGUUUUGUAGUUUCCAAAGUGAAGCCACCUCCGAACCUUCCUGGUCCUAGUUCCAAUAAUACAAAACAGAGAUUGAACAGCGACAAGGUUGGAUAUUAUUUUAGUUCAGUCUGUAUAUUAACCUUUCUACAGUAGGUUUAUUUAUCCUAGAUUAAGUGUAGUCGUGCUUCGUUUGUGUUGUGUAUAAAGUAGUGUGUGUACAGAUUGUGUUUUGAUUAUUCGACAAUUAACAAGAAGCGACUUGCAAUAGACCAAAAUGCAACAUCAUUUUUUUACGUAUUCUUGCAAUCUGCCACUUGUGGUAUUACGCAUUGAAAUCGACUGAAGUGUAUAAAAUUUCAUCAUCUCCUAGUUUAGAACAUUAAAAAGUCGCAACGCAAUGUAGCAAAGAUCAUAUUACUUCAUGACUGAUCAUCAAGAUGCUAUUAAAAUUGACAAGUAAAUGCUCAUUGAAUAUGCAAGUUUGUAAUAUUUGUGAAUAUAAUUUGGUUUUUCUGUAAUUCUGCUUUUGACAGGGGUGGAUUUAUAGUGUUGACAACUUCACUUGGAAUUUCAUUCUGUUUGGCUAGGCCAUUUCCUAGUUUAUUUUAAGAAUCAACAGUCACUCCAUUUGACAACUAGCAAUCUGAAAAGUGUUUUACAAAUUCCAAAUCAUGGAUGCAUUUUAGUAUUAAAGUAUUAAAUAAUUUAUCAAAAUACACCUCGCACAAAUAAAAUAGAAAUUGUGAGGAAUAUAUCUUUGCCAACCAAGGCAUUGUUUACAUUUGACUGUUUGGAUUAAUUUUAAUUUAUAAUAAUAUAGACUGUUUUGUUUUUAAUUAGGAAAUCAUUAGCUGAAGUGUGUUUUUCUAGUGGACAGAGCUUUAAACUUACACAAAUAUUUAGGUUAUAAGCAGAGACAUAGAAGCAGCCAUUUCUGUAGAUAAUAUUGUGUUUAUACCCCUUGCUGGAUGAAUAAAAGAUAUCCUUGCCAUACACUUAUAGGGCUUGAGUAAUAUUGGGCUCCCACAUACUGCUCUCUGUCAUGCCCACACACUGCUCAAGUUAACCCAUUACUCAACCCUUGAAAAAAUUCAGACCUAAAUCUGACCCUGGUUGGCACCUCUAGAUGGGAUACUAUCUCCGGCAUUGUAAUUUUGAAGCAGCAGCAACCAACAGCAACACAAUCCAAAUUUUGUGUUUCCCACAACUGUAUUUUUCAUAUUCCUAUGGCUGCUUUCCAUUAGAAUUACUUGACAAGCUUCUCAGUUUCAUUGGCUGUACUAGGGAAGAAUUACAAGCUGUGAACACGGUACCCUCCAUGAUGGUGCCGCAGUUGCAAGACCUUUCAACUGCUGUCAGCAGCUGGUAAAAGAUGGAACACUUGUAUAUAUUCUCACUUGGAUUACAAAUCCUAACAUCCUAAUAUUAAUUCCACCAAGUGAAGUGCAAGAAUCUAAGUCAUUCAAGUCCACCUUAUCACAACCUGCACACCCGAUUACCUAUAUAUACAUGAAGUUACGGUUACAGCUCAACAUCUGGCCUCUGUAGCUCAGUUGGUUAGAGUGCUGCACCGGAAUCGCAGGGCCGUAGGUUCAAUUCCUACCAGAGGACCUUGUGCUGCAUUUUUCACAGUUGUUCCUGGUUAGGUCGUAAAAUGUAUAUAUUCUCACUUGGAUUACAAACCCUAACAUCCUAAUAUUAAUUCCACCAAGUGAAGUGCAAGAAUCUAAGUCAUUCAAGUCCACCUGAUAAAAGAUGGCUCUAUUGAGAAGAACCGGAUUGAGGUCCGCAAAAAAUUGCUGACUGCAAAUGUUGACAGGUCGGCAUUUAGGUCGGCUUUGCUGAAUGCCGACCUUAUUUCCAGGACUGAUUACUAAAUUGCAUUGCUUCCCUUAUGUGCCCUACUUUAUUCCAACUCAAUGGGUUAAUACAGUGUGCCAGACAGUUUUGCCUGUCAAGGUGAAAGUGUGAGGAAGUAAUGGAUUAAUCAGACUAUCUGCUGUAAUCUGUCUACAGUAUGUCUCUUGUUAACACAUUAAUUUAUAAGUUGCAAUGUGUCAUAAUGUGCCCUAGCUAUUUUGUUAUUUUACUCUGUCUAUAGCCAGAUGAUUUUACUUCUCAAUAGGAAAGUGUUGGGCAUACUGUAAAUGAGCGAUUCCCCAGCAAUUGUGCCCAUGAAAUGAAUCAUAGAAUGGAAAUCCUGUCAGGGAUAACCAUAUGAAUUGAAUAAAGUUUCAAAAUGUUAAGACAGGGCAAUACCAUUCAGAAGGGUGUUAUGCAAGCUUUCUUGGAGCUGCAUGGCAGAAUUUGCUGGUGACCAUACCUCAGUGGUGUAUGUAGCUGAACUGAGACUAAGCCAAUGUGUAAUAAAUGUUAUGUUGAUUUAAGGACAUGCAGUGUUUGAGAUUACAUUUUUUUUCUGGCAUUCAUUGUGUAUACCAACAUUUCUUAACCUGCAUCAUAGCAAUGAACAAUGUCUGGCACAUCACUCACACCUAAGGGAAGAAAAAUAAACCAGAGCUGUACGAAUUUCUCAGACGCUAUUGAACCACAUCACUCAGCUCUGCAGGGAAAGCACCUGAUGAAGUCCCAUUUAAUUUCCUAUUCAAUUGCAAAUUCCAAUUCCAACUCCCACAGAAAAAUGAACCAGUUCGAGUCCCUGAAAUAUCGCAACGUUCGAAACAUACAGUAGAAGCCAAAGCCACACAGAAAGCUGACAAGGAUGCCAAGACCAAAUCACAUGCAGUAACAUUAAAGUGAGAGAUCAAGUUCUCCUACUUUUAACAGAAACAGUCCAAGGCAAACCCAAGAUAUGACCCAAAGCCAAAGUUACUAACAUCUAGGGAACACAGAUUAGGUGUACAGUAGCAGGAGGAGCCAAGAUUAAAAAACGAGUCCAUCCUCAAUGUCAUCACUAAUAAGGUGUAUGGAGAUGCCCAAUACCCUCUCAAUCUACACAAGGAUGAUACUUUUACUGUACCUUUGACUGGGCACUAACCAUAGGAACAACCCACAACACCAAGACCAUCUGGCAGACCCAAUAUCGCAACACCAGUAUCCAAAUGGACAUUUGGACAUCAACCUCAACCUGGACCAAUAAACCAGGGCUGCAAAAUAUAGCGGACCACGGGACCAUUGGUCCCAGAAUAUUUUUGAGGUUGGCAGACAAAAAUUGGAAGAAAGUGUGUUUUACUAAUUUUAGUGACAAUCAUACUUUACUUAGCUUACUGGAGAUCAUCCAUAUAGAUAAAAAUACAUAAGAAAAAUACAUAAGGGCUCGUUUAUAACAUAAAAGAAUAUUUAUUCGGUAGCCAUGUUGGAAUAAGGUCUAUUUCCAAGACCGAAAUGAUGUUUAGAGAGAAAGAUUGCGAAAAAGGAGGUUGCCAAGGCAACAAGAGGAGCGAAGUGGAGAUAAUUUCGUUGUGUCGAAAAGAUCUUAGGCUAAUAAAACUUGUAGAAUUUACCAGAAUAUUACAGAUUGUAUCGCAGUCGGCUAAGCAUGGUGUUAGAUCAUUCAAGCUCAUGGUGAAAAACUCAUGAAUUUACAAUGAAACAACGAGAACCAUCUCUAUUUUACCAGAACAUCUCAAGACGACUUGUCUACGAACAACUCUUGAGCCUGGGUGUACUUGAAAUACAGGAUGGUCUCGAAGGUAAUCCAGAUGCGAUCCUCACCGAAUACCAACUCCCACGACUUCUUUGGAAAGCUGGAUAUCCACCUCUAUCAACCAAUGGGAUAACAAGAAAGGCAAGGUUAGAAGAACCAUUUGAAAAAAACCUUGAUAGGAAACCAGAAGUUAUGGUGCAGUAUGUUAGCAUAAUACAAGAGCAGAUGAAGCAAGGAACAGGCCCCUGAGCCACCUGCCGGUGAGAGAGUUUUAUCUACCACAUCAGCUACAAUCUUUGACAAUAUACUGUAGAUUGGGACGAUCUAGUUUUCACAUGCAUUCGGUUGUAAUAUACCAUUUCCUGAUACAUUUUCCCACCCUCCCUCUCCCCACCCGUUUCAAUGUUGGCGCCGCGCAUCCAGACAUCAGCUUUUUGUUUGCUCAGCAUUGAACUGGGGGAACGGGGGCAGCUAUUCCUUUCAAAUUAUAUGAAAUUACAGCAGCUGUCCCAUAGUUUCUGGCAAAGGUUGUAGUUAUUAAUGAGACCACUAAUGUUGGGUUUGCCUUUGAUCGUCACCGAGAGAGAAUUCAAAUGUACUUAUUGGUCAUCGUUGAACGAAUGUCUCCAUGGGGGCCACCAUUACAGUCAUUACUUCACAACGUGCUUAUUAGAAAUUGGUUGAAGGUCAGGAUGACAACAGACAUUAAGCAAGCAUUGCAUCAGAUUUGGGUGGACCCGCAAGUCCGAGACGCAUUGCAGUUCUUCUGGAUUGAAGAUUUGGAAACGAAGGAAAUUGUUACACUUCGACAGCGCAUCAAGCCCAUUCUUAUGUACUUGGAGGAACAUUUAAUAUACAUUUAGAGAAUUUCCUGGGACAAACCUAAUGAAUUAAAUGCAAGCAUAAUGAAGAGUUCACAGCUUUACAAAAGAUAUAGUUACACAUUAAUUACAUCACAAAAUUAAUAUAAUGGAAGGAAAAAAAGAGAGUUGAUUAUAGUAUUAUAUUUUUUACAGUGGCCAAACAAGCUGAGAAGCUUUCGAGUUGGCCACCGUUUGAUGCUGGAGACAUGGAACAGUCUCUUACGAAAGAAGGUAGCAGAAUCGUGGAAGAAAUGGCUGGAGGGUCUUCCUGAAGAACCGUUCGAAGAAGCGUAACCCCUCACAAGGAGGAGAUAACCGGGAUAGUCUUGCGUGGGUUCGGGGAUGCAAGUGGAAUAGAUACAGUGCAGCAAUUUACGCUAUUGUUCAUCAGAAGGAAAAGAUAACCCAAGGAUUGGUUGCAUCCAAAUCAAGAAUGGCGAUGUCCAACCAUCCCAAACCCUACGGAUAUCAGUAGCCAAGGCGCAAAUAUUAUAACUAGCUGAGAGGUUCUACAUGGUGGACAGGACCGAGAUGGUUAGCUGACGAAAGCGGGUGUGAUAUAUAAAUACAAAAAUGGUGAGCGAAGAACACAAAGUAGCACAGCAACUACACACAAUUGUUAUGAAAGAGAACAAUCUAAAUGAUCUCCUUGUGAAAUGGAAACUCUGGUGGCUUUUGCGGAUGAAUAAAAUAAUUAUCAGAUGAAUGUAUCACCCAAUGGAAAAUAGGAGUUGUUGAAAAAUUAAUCAGUGGAAAGGACGGAGUGGUUCGAGGUGUCAUACCUAACACUCGUAAUGGAAGAAAGGAAAGAUCACAUCAACAUCUUUACCCGUUGGAGUUGUCAAGUUUGCCUGGACAGAUCGAUGAGAUUGAGAAUUUAUGUCUAGCUCGCACUCGGAAGGGGUCAAUCAAGCUCCAGGAAUCAUAAGCUCAAAAGUCAGAAUCCAGGCGAAUUUUCAGCAAAAAUAAAUAGUCUGAAACUGUCCUUCUUCUAGUAAUUCCGGGCCCCCAAAGUUCGCAGGGCCCCUGUCCGCGUCCGAUUGCCCGACGGCGACCGCUCGAUCCGCCCCUGUUAGCAGUCUUUAGGUUUUUUACUGUACAUACAGUAAUAUUUGUGAUUUCAUACAGUGGGGGUCAAAAGUCUGAGUCCAGUCAAUAUGCUUUUGCCUUUUAUUGAUAUACAAUAUAUUUUCACACAAUAGAGCACUAUAUGUGCCUCAAAUAAGGAUUUACAUCAACGUUGGAAUUGAUUAUACUAUAUUAGUCAAGUGAACAUCAUUUAACAUUUUGUGUGACCUCCUUUUGAUUUUAAAAUAGCUUUAACUCUUCCUGGCAUAGAUUCAACAAGUUUUCUAAGUAUUGCUGGCUUAAGGUUGUUCCAGCAUUGAUUAAGGACAUCCCAUAGGUUUUCUUUACUUGUGGGAUUAUGUUUCACUUUCUCCUCGUUUCAAAUGAUCCCAUAAAUUCUCACUGAGAUUUAGGUCCCGAGAUUGAGGAGGAAAAUCCAUAACAAACCAGAUCACCUUUCUCUUGCUUCCUUCUUAAGUAUUUUUUACACAUUUUAAAUAAUUUUGACACGGUGUGUUUCGGAUCAUUAUACCGCGUUACAAGACAAAUCCCCUUCCACACAACCUUAAGCUAGAUGGUAUGGCUUGUCUUUGCAGGAUAGAGUGAUAUUUUUGUUUCGUAAAAAUUAAUUAAUAAGUAGAGAGCAAGAGAAAGGUGAUCUGGUUGUUAUAUGGAUUUCGUCCUCAACCUCCAAACCUAAAAUCCUUAAUCCUAUUGAGAAUUUAUGGGAACAUUUCAAACGAGAGAAAGUGAAACAUAAUCCCACAAGUAAAGACAACCAACCUAUGGGAUGUCGUUGAUUAAUUAUGCUGGAAUAACCUUAAACCAUCAAUACUAAGAAAACUUGUUGAAUCUAUGGCUAUGCCAGGUCGAGUUGAAGCUGCAUUAAAAUCAAAGGGAGGUCACACAAAAUAUUAAAAUAAUGUUCACUUGGCUAAUAUAGUAUAAUCAAUUCCAACGUUGAUGUAAAUCCUUAUUCGACAUACAUACAGUAUAGUGGUGUGUUGUGUUGUGUUGUGUUGUGUUGUGUAAGAAUGUAUUGUAUAUCAAUAAAAGGCAAAAUUAUAUUGACUGGACUCAGACUUUUGACCCCCCACUGUAUGUAAACUAUUUGAGUUUACCUACAAAAUAUUUUAAAUUAGUAUAAAAUAUGCAAAAGAACACAGAAGCUGAGUAGCAUCGAAAAAAUACUUCCUUGAUAAAUUCUUCCUCGCACCAGCGCCGUCUACAACUACUUUUUGGAAUCGUCCUUUGUAGAUGAUCUUUAAACCAUUUUUUGCUUACAGUUUAUAAUGCACCAUUUUCUAUAAUUUUGUGGAAUCACGUGGUCCACAUGGUGUUUUUGGUAUAAAUGCUCCAUCCCGCCAUAAUAUAGUACAGUAUUUUUAAUUGUGCUGACAUUAAUUGUAAUUAUUCGACCACUGAUUUUACCUGAUCCAUGUUUUUAAUUCUGAGGUGAAGUACGAGACUACGAGUGUAAGAUAAGUUCUAAAUUAAUGUAGAAAACAUUUCAGUUGCUAGACCUCAAUAUUACCCCACUCCUGCUCAUCGUUGUUAUAGACUAAUUUUAAAACUAGGCAAGGAGAUGCUAAUAAAUCACCACAGCUAGAAAAAACAUACUAAAUGAGUAAAAUUGCAAAGUUUGGUUGCGAAAUGUUGUAAAAUGCGGAAAAUAUAUCCUUGCAAAGUUUGCAAAUUUUGUAUACUUUUGUCUUGCGUGCGGAAAUUGCUACGAUUUUCGGCCCAAAUGUGUAUAGUAUACAAAAUAGUAUACAAAAUUUGCGAACUUUGCACUGCUAUAUUUUCCGCAUAAAUUUACAACAUUUCGCAACCAAACUUUGCCAUUUUACUCAUUUUAGUAUGCCCGGGAAUAUACUUUUUUGACAAGAUAACAAAUUAGUCUAUAAUGGGAAUUGUCUAUUCUGAGGCGGACUUGUACCAAGUUUACACUCCUGUAGACGUCCCGUCGCGCCUCUCAUGCAUACAGCUAUUUCAAUUAAGGAUGUCCACGAGCAAAGCGGAAAAGUCGAAUACGAGCGCGAAAGGCUGCUGGGAAUCGCUAUUAAAAUUCAUUAAUUUGUUAGCGAUUCCCAGCAGCCUUUCGCGCUCGUAUUCGACUUUUCCGCUUUGCUCGUGGACAACCUUAAUUGAAAUAGCUGUAUAUAAAGUGAAACUGAACCAGGGAUGGAAAAACAUCCCGUCGGCGUCGCGGCAAACGUCCAGUCUUGCCACUCAUAUAUUAACAGAGCCUAAAAUGUAAAGUAUUCCCUAUAAGCUGCCAUGGCUUUUAGCUGCACGGUAAUCCCGCAUAUUUUGUUCCUUUCAGGAUAAUCCACCACGGUUAAAAAGCAGUGGUAAAAAGCCGAAAGUACCUGGUAGGUUUUCAUAG